AUGGAAGGCUUCCUUCGAGGACUCUCGUCGCAGUUGCGCACUCUGAGAAUAGAUGGCGGAAGCCCUCUCUACCGACUUCCUGCUGGCUUGAGCCAUACCUUGCAGACAUUAGACCUGAUGAAGGGCACCGCUGAGCCGCUUAAUAUCGGCAAUGUGCAGCAGAUUCUCGCCGAAAGUCCACACAUUGAAGAUUUGGCUCUGACAAUUGCUCGCACCAAGGGGGAUGCGACCGAGGUUGCCUUGUACAGGGCCCUGGGAAAGUUCCUCAAGCUCCGCAGGUUGCGAAUUAGGCUGAAAGUGGUGAGGCCAAAGAUCACGCGCCGAGUGGGCGAAAGGCUAGGUCUUUACAACGAUCCUUACCUUGAGCGAUGGAAACAUUCUUCCAAUGCCUAUGGUGGAGACUCUGACUCUUCGUCUGGCUAUGGCACACGUCACAACUCCGACUCCGAAGUCGACGAUCGCGGAGACACUGACGACGAAUACCCCGAAAACCCCAACGAUGAGGACAAGACACUCGUUGAGAGGCUUGAAGAACGAUCUUGUCUUCCCCCUUGCAUCGAGAACAAUGAAGAUUUUGACGAUUCGGAAAGCGUGUACACUCCGUACAAAAAGGAGUUGGUAAGAGACUAUUUCAUCAAUAUCGCAGUUAACGAGACGUUGGUACGGUCCAUAUUUGAUGUCGUGUCAAGAGCUGCUGGGCCUAGGAACACGUCCCCGCUGCAAAGCUUGAAGGUGUCGACUGACGGCGCCCGCGACUUUGAGAUCAUGGAUCAACGGCUUUGGGAGUACCACGUACCAUGGAACACGGGUUGGACUGUUGAACGUGAUCCCUGUGACGUCUCGAAGACGGUAGGGCGGGCUGACGAGUCGGGCGCAUGGCCGCGUCGGUCACCCGAAGUGCUCUUGGAUCGGAAGGCAGGGGGGCUGGAUCUAGUUCUCCGUCGCCUUUGGGAAGUGCAGGAGGAGGAUGACGAGGAGGAUGAGGAUGAGGAAGAGGAGGAAACGGAGGAAGAAGCGGCGGAGUGGGAGGCAAUGACUCAGGAAGAGCGGAUGGAGAGAAUCGGGGAGAUUCAUGAAAAACUAUAUGAAGAGGGUUGGCAUCCAUAUUAG